GUAUAAAACUGCUCUUUCCUUGCACGGAAAGAUUGCUAGAGCAAGAAGGCAAAGCUUCUCCAUUCAGACCCAACUGUUUCUCUUGCUGCUUUGAUUUGGGAUUCAGGAUGCAACCGACGGACACAUUCAGCUUUGAGCACUGCAAAGAGACAGCGGACUGGCUUCUGGCCCGGACCACCCAACGUCCGCGGAUCGCCAUCAUUUGCGGCUCAGGACUGGGUCCUCUUGCCGACAGCUUGGAGAACCAGGAGUCUUUCAAAUACACCGAGAUCCCCCACUUUCCGCAAAGUACAGUGGCCGGCCACGAUGGCCACCUCAUCUUCGGGGGACUGAAAGGCAAACAAUGUGUCUGCAUGAAAGGGCGCUUCCACAUGUAUGAGGGGUACCCGCUCUGGAAGGUGACUUUCCCUAUCCGGGUAUUCAAGCUCUUGGGUAUCGAGACGCUACUGGUCACCAAUGCGGCGGGCGGCUUGGCAGAUUCCUACAACGUUGGCGACCUCAUGAUCAUCAAGGAUCACAUCAACUUGUUGGGCCUCACUGGGGAAAACCCUUUGCAGGGUCCCAAUGAGGAGCGGUUUGGUCCCCGCUUCCCUGCCCUCUCGGACGCUUACGACAGGAAGAUCCGUGCGCUGGCCCUGGAGACCGCUAGGCACCUGGGCUACACCUCCUUUGUCAGAGAAGGGGUCUACUGCAUGGUGGGGGGGCCCACCUUUGAAUCCGUGGCAGAGGCUCGGCUGUUACACUUACUGGGAGCAGACGCUGUGGGUAUGAGCACUGCAGCGGAGGUCGUUGUGGCCCGGCAUUGCGGCCUCCGUGUCUUUGGCCUCUCGCUGAUCACCAACAAAGUGGUCAAAGACUACAAUGCGAAGGCGAACGUUGACCAUCACAGCGUCUUGGAGGUCAGCAAGAGGCGGACGUCCAUGCUUCAAACACUACUCACUGAAAUAGUGGGCAGCCUGGACUGUGGCAAGUGGAAAGAAAUGGAGACCCACUACCAGAAUGGAGUCUGAAAGUAUCUCUAGAUGUUUAUGGUGGAGCCAAGGAAGCACAUGAGCAAUUGUAUGGGGCAACAAGUGGACCAGGCCGCCUUCCGCAAUCUAGACACAACGGGGGCCCGAAACCUAAACAAUAUCACAGCCCAACC